AUGGCGUCCAAUAGGGGUAAGACGCUGCAACACCUUGCGCAACAGACACCUCUCAAGCAUGUCACCACCGCUUUCGAGCGGCAUCGUCGGUCCGCUUUCGUUGUCGGCUUCAUAUCCGGCCUCGUUCUUUCGCUUGGCUCGCUGACCACAGUCAUGUAUCUGGCCGAAAGAAGAGACAAGAGGCGAAGAAAAAAGAGGCUCAGGAAGUAUGGUCUUGAUUCAAGCAUGGACGCAGCCAAAAUGGGAGAAGGGAGCAGUUUCGAGUCGGAGGCGCAGAUGAGACGCAUCCGAAAAGGAACGAUCGAGGUCCGCAGCGGGGAGGUGGUUCGAGGUAUCGAAGGCUUGAUUGGAAACACACCUCUAAUGAGAAUCAACAGUCUCAGUGAUGCAACGGGUUGUGAAAUCCUGGGGAAAGCUGAGUUCCUGAACCCUGCAGGAAGUCCUAAGGAUCGAGUAGCUCUACAAAUUCUUAACGACGCCGAAGAGGAGGGACUGUUGCACCCUCAUACAGGUUCGUGUAUCUUUGAAGGCACUGUAGGAAGUACAGGGAUUUCGCUAGCUACCCUGGCGCGAGCAAAGGGAUAUCGCUGCCACAUUGUCAUUCCAGACGAUGUCGCCACAGAGAAGGUCGAGCUGCUCCGGAAACUUGGCGCAGAAAUUGAGGCAGUGCGGCCAAGAGUGAUCGCGGAUCCGAAGCAUUUUGUGAACGAGGCCCGCAAGCAGGCCAAGGCAUUCGGCAUGGCGGAACUUAUUGGUCCCCACCCUAUCCGAUUAGGGAGCUCUGUGGUAGCCUCGUCCGCGGUGCGCUCUAACGUUGUAGUCACGACCAAGGCCGAUUUCACUUCGACUCAUGAAGACGCGAAGAAAAAUGACGAUCCAGAUGCUCUUAAGCGAAGCGCACGAGGCUUCUUUGCCGACCAAUUUGAGAAUUCAUCCAACUUUUGGGCACACUUUAACAACACGGGUCCAGAGAUCUGGCAGCAGACCGGCGGGAUGCUGGACGCUUUUGUUGCAGGCGCAGGAACCGGCGGAACUCUCUCUGGCGUCGCUGCAUAUUUGAAGCGAGCCUGCGCUCUCGAGCAUCAUACCGAUCAGGCCGACGUACAUGUCGUGCUGGCUGACCCACAAGGGAGCGGCCUGUAUAAUCGCGUUAAAUACGGCGUCAUGUUCAAUGCGACGGAGAAGGAAGGCACGCGCAGACGACAUCAAGUUGAUACCGUUGUCGAGGGCAUAGGCAUCAACAGGCUUACGCACAACUUGGAGUUGGGACUCCGGUGCAUUGAUGACGCAGAGCGAGUGACGGACGACGAGGCGGCAAGAAUGGGCAGGCAUCUGGUGCUGAAUGACGGUCUUUUCCUAGGAUCAUCGUCAGCUGUCAACUGCGUCGCAGCAGUGCGCACGGCCUUGAAACUCAAGAAGAGAAAGCACCGUGGAGGCUGGCUGUUGUCAGACGCUCCUGUCGUCGUGACAAUUCUAUGCGACUCAGGAUCGCGACACUUGUCCAAGUUCCAUGACGACGAAGCGCUCAAACGCUUAGGUGUACCAGGCGCAGGAAGCAGCGACAUUUCUGACAUUCUGGACCCAAAUAAUGUCCGGGACGACGAGGACGAGGAUGGGUGGCAGGAGGCAUGA